AGGAUUUGGUGUCCUAUGGCGUAGGUACCCAUAGCAAAUCGUGACCGUCAACCAGCAAGUUCGGUGCUGGUCGCGAUUCGUGCGCAAACAGCCGUUAGUCUACGGCGUCACCGCGGUGUAGGCAAGCCAGUUCACAGAACCACCUGCAAGCACCCCCCGUUCACACCAAUGCGUUUAUUGCGAAUAAAAGGAACUGAAAAGGCAAACACGGGUGGAUACUGUACAUCUUCUCGAAAUCGCUUGUUCCCCCUACGCAAUUGACCCUGCCCCGCUACAUCGCCAGGCCGCCGCCGCCGCCCAAGCCCCCAACCCCAAGCCACGAACACCCCAGCAGCCAUACCGAACCCCCGCACGCAAAGGCCCCUCACCACCCCCCAUUCCUCCGAUCACAACCAGCAAAAUCUUCUACGCCGCAGUUGACCCACGAGCUUGGCUAGGCGCCCCCCCCAACCAAACCCCCCACUCCCCCUCCACCCAAACGCCUCUCCUAGCUAGUGGUUAACCGAAGAAAGCAACAGCAUCAGGGGCUCAUCAUUUUGAACAUUCGAGCCUGGAAGAGGUGGCUCCCAGCUUCUGGAAACCAUCUGCUUGCGGGAUUUAACUAACAAUGAGGAGAGGAAAGGCAAUCACUACCGGAUCUACUGCGCGCAGUUCUGUUCCUGAUGCAGCCCGCGAAGUACUAGAGGUACUUUACCUAGACAGUAUUGAUGUUGGAGUGAUGAACAUGGAGCAUUCGACAUUCCCCCGCAUUAGCAGUUUCUCCGCGGAGACAAUUAAGUCUAUGGUCCUAGCAGACAGUUUAUGCAGAAGUGGUGGCAGUUCAGAUUUUGAGUUCGGCAAGAGUCAGCUUCGCAACGCCUCUGGCAUAUGUUACUCAUGGGCAUAUGAAUCAUUCAGUGCUUGCUGUGGAGGUAUUGGCAGCAGUUUGCCGGGCCUAUGGGAAAUUUCAGUCUCUUUUUCACGAGCACUUGGCGUUCAUAUGAAGGCUGCGGGAGCACUAUUCUUCGCCGUUGCUGAGUUCGAAAUGAUGAGCAGCAGACACGAGGCUAACCAUGCAGGGAGCAUUGCAUCGGUGCUAACGAAAAUAAUCGAGCCAUUCACAAAUGGAUACUGCUACGAUGCAGGGAGAGACAUCAACAUGGCGUGGCUAGGUACUACAAUAGGAGCGGAUGUGAGCAGGAUGCUGGACGAAGCGUCAUUAUUUGUGUGCUGCAAUUGGCAGAGACGAGGAUUUGCUUUUGAAGAUGGAAGCUCGGAGCACAACGAUGCAACUGGUAGUGCAUCUAUUCAAGAUUGCAACUGCCGCAAGCGGCCACGUGGACCAAACAGCUUAACCAUAUCUGGACAAACUAGUGAAGAAAGAUUCACUCAUACAUCAGCUACAAAUGGAUACAUAUGUAUCGAGUUGUAUGGUCCAACUGAUGAGUGUGACAGAGUAACCUCAUAUGAGACCUUCAAGAAGGCUCUUGCAAUCCGUGCCCUGGCAAGGUAUUAUAUUUCUCUGUGCUGCAUGAACCGACGCAACUGUCUACACAAAACAUGUAUAACAUGCCAACAAUGCAACCACCAUCAUCUGAACAACAGUGGGUUUAGAGAGGAAUCAGCAGCUUCAACGAGAAAUGCUUCAACUCAAUCAAAUUAUACACCGCAGUGCCCUGUGAUCCUGCACUAUACCCCAAAACACAUCGAGGUCCCGUACAAUUCAUUCCAGACACAACUGACUGGCAGAUCUGAAAUAGUUAUGGACAUGUUCGAUGCAAUAAUUAGGCGAUUCACAGAGGUAACUAAGAGUGGAGGUGAAUGUGUGGAAGGCUAUAUCCAGCGACACAUAUUUGAAUCAAUAUUUAUUGGGACUUUGCUUGCAGGCACAUUCAACGCAACAAGCCAAGUGAUUAAAGAUCAGAUAUCUGCGCUGCAUAUAGAAUAUGAACUGCCAUCGUGCAGAAUACUAUUCUUCCCAGGAAUUGUUGGGCACCGAUGGGUGACAUACGCAUGGUGUCUUGAUAGAAACAUAAUAUCUGUAUUUGACCCUUUUUUCAAUGAAAAUUGCAUUGAGGAACACAAGGAUGUACACAUAUACGUCAUUGGACUGAUUAAAAAUGCCAUGAAAUUGACAGCAAGUCAUUUGAUAACUGGCUGGAAUUACAACUGGGAAGCAGCAAGAAUAGAAAUAAUAGGCACCCAAUUUGCCGGAAGCACCUGGAAUAGGAGCACAGGUUGCGCUGCUGCCCAAUUCUGCUUUCACUAUAAUGGAACGCUUUCUUCACUUUCAAGAGUAAAUGUAGCAGAUGCAUCAAAGGUUGCAGAAAUGCUCACUGACGCACUAGGCUUAAAAGAAAACCAGGGGUUCGUGCCCACAACAUAAAGAUGCCAACCAUACCUCCCACCGCUGAAGAAGGUAUUGCCCGACAUGCAGUCUCUCCUGACAGCAAAAUUAAAUCAGUAUCGUUAAGUAUUUUUUGUGAAAAACGAGCUGUAUAAACUCAUAAUAUUAUUUUUGAAGAACUACAUGUAUGUUUUGCCUGUUACGCAGACCCUUACCAGUCCCUUCCUUUGA